AUGGCUGCUAGUCGAAUAUUGGCUGUCCAGCAGUUGCGGGACAAGAUCUUUCAUAUCGAUAGAGCUGCUUUGGGCAUGCGCACUGGAAGCGAUAUACUUGCUAAAGCAUCCAUGCGUCAAAAACUGCUUCAUCACUAUCCUCCAAACAUUGACCUUUUGGCAUUAUCAUCUCAAGAUCCUCGACUGAAACCACUUCAACUGCAGGAUGUGUGGCAAGAGGAAAAGUGGUCCGAGUCUCUGGCAAUGGUCACUGGUGUUCUUAAACGAGAGCAAAAGGAUACAAAAGGAAAGUCCAAAAAAAGAAAGUAG